AUGUCUGAUAUCUACGCUGAAAACAUACUAAAUGAGCAAUUUGACCUCCUGAGUCGAAACAUUGGGUACCUCAUCCAUCCCUCCAUCGCCGCCAAACCACCUCCUUCCCCAGCAAUAGCAGAUAUCGGCACUGGCACAGGACUCUUUCUAUCUCAACUUGCACAGGACUACCCUCAUGCGGUUCUUCACGGCUUCGAUAUACCCCCAAGCUUGUUUCCACCACAAGAGUUCUUGUCCCCACAAGUUUCUCUAAGCGUCAUGAACAUCAAAGAAACCCCGCCGUCAGCCUUACAUAACAAAUACGAUCUCAUCCACGAUUGACUUCUCGCUGCAGGAAUAAACCCCACAGAGUGGAAAACCAUCGUACAGAGUCUCCUUAAGCUUCUCAAACCCGGUGGAGCUAUCCAGUGGGAAGAAUGCAAUUGGAUGGAAACCCAAUAUUACCGUUCUGACAUUGACUCAUCCGUGCAAGCAUCUCGGUACAUGUGCGCACGCUUUAAAGAGGGAAUGAAGGAUAAAUUCUCGUAUGGAUGGAAGAUUCUUCCGAGGAUCUGAGGAGUGUGGGAAUGAGAGAUGUGGUGGAGGAUAUUGUUAGUUCGGAUCGAAUCGUAGAGACGAGAGCGGCUAUGGCGAAGAAUGCGAUGGAUGCUAUUUUUGGGUGGGCGAGGUUGGUUUCGUCGAGAAACUUGGACGAUUCGUUGUCUGCUGAGGAGCUAGUUAGAUUGGAGAGAGAAGUGGAGAGGGAGAUUACGAGUGAAUGUUAUGUGAGAUAUGAUGUUCGUGUGGUAUUGGAGUUCAAAAGCUGUG